UAACUUCUGUCAAGUGCGCAUCAUGUAUCUUUGCGGCGUCGACAACCUUUGAACAAUGAUUCCCGACGAUGACGCGAAAAUCAACCACACUUUACUCGCAGGAUCCUUUCGGAGCUUCCUCGGUGCACCUUGUGCUAGCGGUGUAUCUUCUCCAACCCCUACAUUAUAUACCUGAUCCGAUAGCUUCGAGACCAUAAGAACAUGACCUAGUAACUUCGUGGUCAGACAACAAUGCCCUCCAAAAGACUUUCUGCCCUAGCUUUCGCUCUAUCUGCUGCUGUGUCUGUUCAUGGCCAGUCUCCAGAAUGGGGACAAUGUGGUGGAACAGGCUGGACAGGUCCUACAACCUGUGUGGCUGGUACUGUCUGCACGGAUUACAGUUCCAGCUACUCGCAAUGUGUCCCCUCUACAUCGACAGUGACCCCGACCAGCACCGCUCCAGUUUCGACUCCUAGCAUCUCCCCGAUCUCUGGUAACACACUGACAUUUACUGGUGUGAAUAUCGCUGGAUUCGACUUUGGCUGUGGGUCGGAUGGAACGUGCAACCCGACUGGUGCAUGGCCACCUUUGACGCAGUACUAUGGUAUGGAUGGUGCUGGCCAGAUGCAGCACUAUACUUCGACCGACGGCUACAACGUUUUUCGUCUUCCUGUUGGAUGGCAGUUCCUUACGAAUGGCGUCCUUGGUGGAGAUCUUGACGCCGAUAACCUCGCUGAAUACGACGCUCUCGUGCAGACGUGCUUGGCUACCGGCGCUUCGUGCAUCAUUGAUAUCCACAACUAUGCAAGGUGGAACGGGCUGAUCAUCGGGCAAGGUGGACCAACAAACGACCAGUUCGCCGCAGUAUGGACAUCUAUUGCUACCAAGUACGCGGAUGAGGAAAAGAUCAUAUUUGGAGUUAUGAAUGAGCCUCACGAUAUCCCCGAUAUCAACCUUUGGGCUGGUUCUGUUCAAGCUGCAGUUACCGCCAUUCGAAAUGCUGGUGCUACCAAACAGUUGAUUCUUCUUCCGGGCAACAACUGGACUUCGGCAGAAACCUUUGUUUCAAAUGGCUCUGGUCCUGCCCUCCUCACUGUUACAAAUCCUGAUGGUAGCACCACUGGUCUUAUCUUCGACGUCCACAAAUAUCUUGAUUUCGAUAACUCCGGAACAAACGAAGAAUGUGUUACCAACAACAUCGACUCUAGCUGGGCACCUCUAGCUACAUGGUUGCGGGAAAACGGCCGUCAGGCUUUCAAUACAGAGACCGGAGGAGGAAAUGUGGCAUCAUGUGUUGAAUACAUGUGUCAACAGAUUGCCUAUCAGGCUCAGAAUUCUGAUGUCUUCCUUGGUUAUGUCGGAUGGGCUGCAGGUAAUUUCGCCCCAACGUAUGUUUUGGGCGAGGCUCCCACACAAAGUGGGACGACCUGGACGGAUACUUUGUUGGUAUCGAGUUGUAUGGCCCCAAUCGCUGGUGCACAGUCCGGUUCCACUGGGGAGUAAACAGUAUAUAUUUUAUGCAGGAUA